UGUUUAAUUGGUAUCACAGUGGAAAAAAGAACAAGAAUGAAGAUGAAACACAAAAGAGCUGGAAAGCCAGCUAAGUGGAUUUAGAUGUCAACUUUAUUGGAUCAGUCUGUAGUUGGCUUAGUAGUAAGGUUUGGUGAUUUGGGAAUUGGAUUUCUGUCAUUAUUUUUUCACAUUUUGGCAAUUUUCCAUAUCCUGGCAAGAGUAGAAAGCAGAUAACACUACCGGUUUUGUGUUUCAGAGAAUACAUCACAAAUAAGAGGAAAUUCAUUUGAGCCUGGUUUAGGUACUUCUUUGUUCAAGAAUAAUAGACCAAUGCAAAUCAUGUUUAUUUGUUGUGCAAAUAAGAACAUUGUUUUGCUGGGUGAACGCAAGCCUAUCGAUUUGUAUUUGAAUAGAUGCAUACUUAUUGUAAAAUGAAAUAUUACUUUGUUGAAAAUCAUCUAAUAUUCUGAUCAGAAAAAUUGAAAUCAGAAUACAUUUGGCAUAUUGUCACUUUAUAUGAAACAGAUGGUGCAGUGGUUUGAAAGUGUGUGUGAUUUUGGGGAAACAAACAAUGAGUGUUUUGUCUUUUUACGAGCCUUUUAUUAGAAUAGGUGUGAUCUUUUAUUUAGUCUUAUAAAAGAUGGAAAUGAUUAAUGAAUAUGGAUUAUUAACAUGACUGAAGUGAUGGUUUAAAAGGAUAUUUUGAAAUAGCCAAUAUAUUUAGAGGAAGAUGUAGGAGAGCGGUAAAAUUUGUGGAAUUUAAUUUUUAUAGAUUUUAGCUUAGAGUCUAAACUUUAAAACUUUAACACAGUUGGAGACUGUUUCUUUUCCUGUUCAAAUGUGUAUGAGAAAUCCAAGAGACUUUUUGUAAAGUCAUAUAAUUCUAUGUGGGAUGUGUGAAAAGAUGGCAGAUGUAUUUGGUAAAUGUAUGAAACAUUUUCCCCCAUUUCUCCUCAGGUCCGUUGUGCAGCAUGUUAGUGGAAAGAUUUGGCUGCCGGGUGACAGUGAUGGUGGGUGGACUAUUGAGUGGACUGGGUAUGGCGAUGUCUGCUCUUGCCAGGACCAUUACUGACAUUUAUGUCACAAGUGGGAUCACAGGGCUGGGAUUUUGCCUUUCCUUCCAGCCAUCAGUGACAAUCAUGGGCCACUACUUUGAGCGCCGCCGUGUCUUCGCUAACGCCUUGUCAUCCACCGGCACAGCUCUGGGCCUGAGCACUUUACCCUUGAUAGCCAACAUCCUGCUCAGUUCGUUUGGCUGGCGUGGCAGCUUCCUGAUUCUGGGUGGGGUGCUGCUGAACUGCUGUGUUUGUGGGGCAGUGAUGAGGCCUCUUGGCCCUGCGUCAGGACCAAACAAACCCAAACACUCUCAGGUUCUGGAUAAACCGAACAACAUUCCUUUGCAGCAGGAGAGAAAAGGACUGACUGGCCAUGUAAAGACUGUUCUCUGUGACAUUGUAGCAUUCCUGCACAGACAUUUGGCCUUUGACCUACUAGUGAGCAAUGUCCGAUACCGUGCUUUUGCAGUUGGUGUUACCUGGAUGAUGCUGGGAUGUGUGGUGCCUCUGGUCUAUCUAGUGCCUUAUGCUACUCACAAUAACAUGGAGAUAGGCCGUGCUGCCUUCCUGAUGUCGAUCAUGGGUCUGGUAAACAUUGCUGUGCGACCUGUGGCUGCCCUUGUUCUGGGCUUGCCACGCUUCAGAGGCAGCAGCAGUUUUGUGUACGUGUUUGCUUUUGCUGUGCUUCUAAACGGGCUGAGUAACUGCAUCUGUGGAGCAUCUGCCUCCUUCAAAGUGCUCCUCCUGUAUGUGGUGAUCUUCGGCCUGUCCAUGAGUGUGGCAGGCUCGCUUCUCUUCACUGUGCUGAUGGACACAGUGGAAAUGAGCCGCUUCCCCUCAGCCCUCGGGCUUCUGUGCAUGUUGGAGAGUGGAACACUUCUUAUUGGGCCACCUCUAGCAGGCAUAUUGGUGGACAGCACAGGACAGUAUGCGUAUGUCUUCUACGCAUGCACCGUGUGUGUGUCCUCUGCUGGCCUCUUUCUCAUGGUGUCCUUCUACUUCCUGGACUGUAAGAGAGAAGCAGAGAAGAAGAAGAAAAAGAAGAAGAGUGUGAAGAUGCCAUCAGAUCUCUAUCAGAAACCUGUUAUAACCCUGGCAAAUGAUGAUCAGUGUAGCCAUGUUGCCUCAAAAGGAAGAAACUCAGAAAACACAGUGUAUGUUACCAGUGUGUGAUAUAAAUAUUUACAUGUGUAUACAAGAUAAAC